UCAUUCGCGACAUAGUCCAUCAGCAUUGAGUCUUCAUUGACUGGCUAUAUAUCCAAAGGCAUUGCCCUCUGCGGAAAAGGUCGUGUCCGGGAGGCAAGGAUAGCAUUCCAUAUCGCAUCCUUGUUCACGAACCGAGAUCCAGCCAACAACCAUUUUCUUCUCCUGAUAAAGGCCAUUGCACUCUUCAAUGCAGAUCAACAGGAGGAAGCGAUGCUGUUCAUCAAAGAACUGGCUACCGCUGGUCCGAAUGCCGAUCUUCUGGGGUGUCGUGUCGUGGAAAUAUAUCUACGUGUUCAACUCGGAAUCAAAGCUUCGGAUGGUGCGCGUCACGACGAAGCCGCCGAUCAUUUCACUGCCGCCGUCAACGCCAGCGCUCUUUCAUCGAAAAUCAUUCAUUUGAUAUACGAGGACUUGGUCAUGCUCUUCGGCUGGGAUCUCAGGUCCUUGUUGCUCACGACACACCAGAAACGGUGCCAGGCAUUCCUCUCCGCAGGUAAACUCGACGAAGCCCUCAAAGCACACCAAUACAUGAUGGACGCCAUCGACGAAACCGCGAAGGCCAGCUGCCAUGAUUGGUCCAAUGAAUUUAAAGAGCAAUGUAAUACUCUUGCUGCGCCGUAUGCCACGACCUCAACAGCGCCCUAGGCGCCUCCAAAGUCUCAGACUCGCUAUGACGAGAACCCCUCAUUCAGGUCCUCCACCUGUACCACCCAAGCCGCCGCCGCUACCACCUUCAAAAAUUCCUAAUGACACCUCUUCACCCGGCUACCCCAUCACGCAAUGCCACUCAUUGUCGGUAUUCCUUUUGCGCAAGGUCGAUAAGUGUACCCAGUCGAUUUUCUAUCUCUGUCUUGGGUGUCC